AUGAUCUUUGAAGCACAUCCCAUCGAGAACUUAGUAGUUAAUAAAUCGUCUUACAGGUUUAGCACGAAGGAAAUGGAUCUUCUCAACAAAGGACUAAAAUACGCAAUCUCACCCAAACGAACUGAUAAGGAAGAUAUCGUAGCAGAUGUUAAGACAGCCAUAAGAGGAACAGAUAAUGGAGUCAAGGAGAACAUUAGGAAAGAAGUAUACAAAAUGCUAAGAGAAAGCAAAAAUACCAACAGCAACGUAGAUAACGAAAUCAAAAGUGAACAUGCAACGGUGAAAAGUUUGAAUGAAAAGCCAGUGCAUUACAUAAAAGCAGACAAGGGAAACACUAUCGUUAUUAUGAACAAGGACGAUUACGAUGAAAAGAUCUUGGAUAGACUUAACAACGGAAAUUUUAAAAAAAUUAGAAGCAACCGUUUGAAGAAAUCAGCAAUGAAGGUUAAAAAAGCUUUAAAGGAAUGCAAGUUUCUGGACUUCAACAUCAAAAACUUGACUAUGUCGAAUCCAUCGGUUCCUACCAAAAAUUAUUUAAGGAAGGUGAGCAGUUCAGGAAGAUAA